AUGGAGACCGUGGAGCUCGGCCAACCCGUGCGAGAAACCAGGGAUUCCAAGGGGAAGCAGGCCACAGCAGCCUCUAGUGCCCACAGCCCCAUCACCGCCUCUUUGGAGGAUCUGGCACUCUGGACCCAAUUCUACCAGGCCGGCACUGAGAUGGUCAUCACCAAAUCGGGCAGGCGGAUGUUCCCUCAGUGCAAAAUCCGGCUCUCCGGCUUGGUCCCUUACCUCAAGUAUGUGGUGUUGGCAGAUUUUGUGCCGAUGGACAACUUCAGGUACAAGUGGAGCAAAGACCAGUGGGAGGUGGCGGGCAAGGCGGAGCCUCAGCUCCCUGGCCGCUCCUACAUCCACCCGGACUCACCGGCCUAUGGCAGUCACUGGAUGAAGGAGCCCGUGUCCUUCCACAAAGUGAAACUGACCAACAACACCUUGGACCAGCACGGCCACAUCAUCCUGCACUCCAUGCACCGCUACCAGCCGCGCUUCCUCGUGGUCCAAGCCGAUGACCUCUUCAACAUCUGCUGGAGCAGCUUUCAAGCCUUCAGCUUUCCCCAGACGGCCUUUAUCUCAGUCACGGCCUACCAGAAUGAGCAGAUCACCAGACUUAAGAUUGACAACAAUCCCUUUGCGAAAGGUUUCCGUGAGCAAGGGAAGAAGCCGAGAAGGGCUCACAGACUCAGCCCAGCCCGGGGGCAGAAGAGGAAGAGGCUUGGGGAGCUGGUCUCCAGCCCUGAGUGUGAGAAAUCUGUUCUGGCCAAGGAAGAGACUGGGGAGGUCCAGGACGAUGCCAGCCCUGGGUCAGUCAGCCGCAGGUUCUCCCCUUUCUGGGGGCCCCUCGGGCUCCCCAGGGCCUCCGCACCAGGGGAGCAGAGAGAGGAGCCACCGAAAGAAGCAGCAGGGCCCAGCCCCGGGCCUUACCCUGCAUACAGGUUCCAGGACUAUGGUCCUAGCAUCUGGGAAACUAUUCCUGUCAGUGAUCGGCGGUCCAGGCCGGUGCUUCCAGGUUCUGUUCUCUCUGGGGUUGAGCCAGAGCUCAGACAGCUGCCCAGGGGCUGUGCUCCUCCAGACAAGGCUGGCCCCCAUGGUCCCCUGUACCCUCCCUAUAACCCAGAGGCUGGCUCAGGCCAGUGGCUGGUCCCCACACCUGCCCACGGACAGCCCCGGCCCUUCCCUGCCCUGGAUGGUGCUGCCGCCCACGGGGGCUCCCCAGACUGGGGCCAGUGCCCCCUCUUUUCCUACGCUUGCUGGCCUGGCACCCGGCCUGGGAGGAAUAAUGAGAACCCCCAAUACCCGGGCCCCUCCAGAGUGAGGCUGAGGCCGAGGUUAGAGGUGGGAGAAGAGCCUGCAUCUGCCCUGAAGGUGGCUUCGGUGGCUGUGGGAAGCCUUUGGAAGCUGCUGGAGCCAUCAGGAGGCAGAGAGAUGGUAUGGCUCUUGAGGCCCAGAGGGUAUGGGCUCACCCAGUCACCAAAGGUGCCUGCCUUUGUGCAGGCUUAA